AGGAUCCUGCAUGGGGAUAUAUGUUUUGUGAGUAGCUGACGGAAGUGGAUGAUACUGUAAAUGGAGAUGAUGAGGUCAGUGCUAGCUGGCUCCCAGUAUGUGUCACUCAGGCAAUGACGUCACAUCUGCCUGGCGUUUCCGGUUUGGGAGGGGAGGAGGGGGUGGAGCUCUGAUGUCCCGGCUCUGGAUUCUUUACAGGGAGAGAGAGAGCGACGGGGCUGGACGCGGAUGUGCAGCCAUAUUCGGCUCCUCGGACAAGCUCGCCGGCUAACGCUGGCUAAAUAAAUGAAAAAACAACCAACCGCUCUGUAAAAACGUGGAGUUUUAUUAUUAUUAUAUUUUUUUUAAUUAGAGAAAGUCAUUUUCGGGAUAUUUAUAGGAGAGAAUAUGGACGUCCGGCCAAGCUGAUAUUCGACGGGACACAGAAAAGCCUCCCUAUCCCUGAUUCCCCCCCUCCCAGUGAAAAGUGUCGGGAUUAGCGCUCCAGCCAGGACACACAAAAAAGUCGAGGCUCCCAUGGAAGCUGCAGGGCCUGCGGCGUGAAGAAGGCUCUGCCUCGGGAAGUCUCCGCGCACCGGACCGAGUCCAGCCGAGUUCACACCGAGCUGAGCAGAAUGUUAGGCUUGUUUUGUAGGCUAGCUAGCUGAAUGGCUAGCUAGCAAGUUGGAGUCUGUGACUUCAGAGCUCCACCUUGGCCCCCCAAUUUUUUUUCCAGGUUCCUAACGCCCUGGUCGCCUGCAAUCCGUUUCCGGGAGGGCGGUUUUAAUAUUGGCAGAAUCAUCAUUAGUAUUAGUAUUUGGGGUUUUUCUUGUCCUGUGUUAGGAAAAGAGUGGUCAGGCCGCUGAUCCUAAAAUGUCGGCGAAGGUGCGCCUGAAGAAGUUGGAGCAGUUGCUGCUGGAUGGCCAUCAGAAGAACACGAGCUCCCUGAGUGUCGAGACCCUCCUGGAUAUUCUCGUAUGUCUGUACAACGAGUGCAGCAGCUCGCCCUUGAAACGGGAGAAACACGUGACCGAGUUUUUAGAAUGGGUCAAGCCGUUCACCACCACUGUAAAAGAUAUGCGUCUCCACAGGGACGACUUCGAGAUGCUCAAGGUGAUCGGCAGGGGCGCCUUCGGAGAGGUUGCCGUGGUGAAGAUGAAAAACACAGAGCGCAUUUACGCUAUGAAAAUUCUAAACAAAUGGGAGAUGCUGAAAAGGGCUGAGACUGCCUGUUUCCGAGAGGAGAGAGAUGUUUUGGUGAACGGAGACUGCCAGUGGAUCACGACCCUGCAUUAUGCCUUUCAGGACGAUAAUUUCCUGUACCUGGUGAUGGACUACUAUGUGGGCGGGGAUCUGCUAACACUACUCAGCAAGUUUGAGGACAGACUGCCCGAGGACAUGUCCAAAUUCUAUCUGGCGGAGAUGGUUCUUGCUAUUCACUCAAUCCACCAGCAGAAUUAUGUGCACAGGGAUAUUAAGCCUGACAACGUGCUCCUCGAUAUGAACGGCCACAUCCGCCUGGCCGAUUUUGGUUCCUGUCUACGGAUGAUGCCUGAUGGAACGGUGCAGUCAUCGGUAGCAGUGGGAACCCCAGACUACAUCUCCCCGGAGAUUUUGCAGGCCAUGGAGGACGGCAUGGGGAAGUACGGGCCCGAGUGUGACUGGUGGUCUCUGGGCGUGUGCAUGUAUGAGAUGCUGUACGGGGAGACGCCUUUCUACGCCGAGUCUCUGGUUGAGACUUACGGCAAGAUCAUGAACCAUGAGGAACGCUUCCAGUUCCCUUCUCACAUCACGGAUGUGUCGGAGGAUGCCAAGGACCUGAUGCAGCGGUUGAUCUGCAGCAGGGAGCACAGGCUGGGCCAGAACGGCAUCGAGGAAUUUAAGAAACACCCCUUCUUCUCUGGCAUCGACUGGGAGAACAUUCGCAGCACUGAAGCGCCCUACAUUCCUGACGUCAGCUCUCCCUCUGACACGUCCAACUUUGAUGUUGAUGAUGAUGUUUUAAAAAACCCAGACAUCGCCCCUCCCAUCUCCCACACCGGUUUCACUGGUCAGCACCUGCCCUUUGUGGGUUUCACGUACACUACAGAGAGCUGUUUCUCAGACCGGGGUCGGCUCAGGCUGGCUGCCCUGGCAGACGGAGGCUCAGGAGAGGAUCUGCAGUCCAAUAAAGAUGGAGGUCUGCAGCUGGAGGCGUUCGAGCGGAGAAUCCGGACACUAGAGCAGGAAAAACAGGAGCUCAGCCGCAAGCUUCAGGAAUCUACACAGGCUGUGCAGUCCCUUCACGGCUCUGGGCGUGGCACAAGCACGCUGGGCCGAGAUAAAGAGAUUAAAAAGCUUAACGAGGAGAUCGAGCGCCUCAAGAAGAAACUAGCAGACUCUGAUAGGCUGGAGCAAAAGCUGGAGGAAGCGGUGACUUUGCGGCAGGACUACGAGAGCUCGUCUACCAAGCUCAAGGCUUUGGACAAGCAAGUCAGAAGUCUCCGUCAGGAGAAAGAAGACAUCAAUAAGCAACUUGUGGAGUCUCUGGAUCGCCUGAAGUCUCAGACGAAGGAGCUGAAAGACGCUCACCAACAGAGGAAGCUGGCCAUGCAGGAGUUCUCGGAGAUGAACGAGCGCAUGGCCGAGCUGCGCUCGCACAAACAGCGGCUCUCGCGUCAGCUCCGUGACAAGGAGGAGGAGAUGGAGGCGCUCAUGCAGAAGCUCGACGGCAUGCGCCAGGACAUCCGCAAGACGGAGAAGGCCCGCAAAGAGCUGGAAGCUCAGCUGGAAGAUGCUCGUGCAGAAGCUUCUAAGGAGCGAAAGCUGCGAGAACACAGUGACGUUUACUCCAAACAGCUGGAAAGCGAGCUGGAGACACUAAAGAUGAAGCAGGGCACCGGCCGAGCAUCAAUCGUGAGUGCUGAGACCCAGCAGGAGCUGACGAAGGUGAAGUCUGAGCUGGAUAAGAAGAUGCUGUUCUAUGAGGAGGAACUUGUCAAACGCGACACCUGCCACGGAACGGAGCUGAAAAACCUCCGCAAAGAGCUGCACGACUCUGAGAGCCAGCAGGUUUCCCUGCAGAAAGAGCUGCUUGUGCUGAAGGACAAGUUGGAGAAAGCCAACAAGGAACGGCAAAUGGAGAUGGACGAGUCCCUGGGUUCUCUAAAAGAGAAAUUCGAGCGCGAACGGAGCCUGCUGACCGAGGAGAACCGCAAGCUGACCUCCGAAACCGACAGGCUGUGCACGUUUGUGGACAAGCUGACAACUCAGAACAGACAGCUGGAGGACGAGCUGCAGGACUUGGCCUCGAAGAAGGAGAGCGUGGCACACUGGGAGGCACAGAUCGCAGAGAUCAUUCAGUGGGUGAGUGAUGAGAAGGAUGCGCGCGGCUACCUGCAAGCGCUAGCCUCGAAGAUGACCGAGGAAUUGGAGUCACUGCGCAGCUCCAGCCUGGGAUCCAGACAUCUGGAUCCCUUGUGGAAGGUACGCCGCAGUCAGAAGCUGGACAUGUCUGCUCGUUUGGAGUUGCAGUCCGCUCUGGACGCUGAAAUACGAGCCAAGCAACUGGUCCAAGACGAGCUGCGCAAGGUCAAGGCUACUAACAUCUCCUUCGAGAGCAAACUGAAAGAUGCUGAGGUGAAGAACAGGGAGCUGGAAGAGCAGCUGGAAAGCAUGAAGAAAGAGCUGGAGGAAAGCCGCAUACGCACUGACCGAGGUCUCAAACUUCCAGACUUCCAGGACUCCAUUUUUGACUACUUCAACACUUCUCCCCUGGCCCAUGACCUUACAUUCAGAGACUCUGUCUCUUCCUCAUCUGCAUCCUCUCUGCUAGCAUUUUGGGAUGAAACUAGCUCAGUCAGUGAGGUCGAUGCCACGCCUCAGAAAACAGACGUUCCCUCUUCCUCACCCUCAGCAGCUUCAGAGCAGGAUGAGCCUGUGAAGCCCCCUGCAGUUACUCCAACUACCCCAACUCCAUCUUAUUCAUCAUCAUUUUUCACAGCACCAAAGCCUAAAGCUCACCAGCUGAGCAUUAAGACCUUCUCAAGUCCAACACAGUGUACCCACUGCACGUCUCUAAUGGUGGGCCUGAUCAGACAGGGCUAUGCGUGCGAAGUGUGUUCCUUUAUCUGUCAUGUGUCCUGUAAGGACAACGCUCCUCAGGUGUGCCCUAUUCCACCAGAGCAGGCCAAGAGGCCGCUGGGUAUUGAUGUGCAGAGGGGUAUUGGCACGGCUUACAAAGGCUUUGUCAGGAUCCCAAAGCCUACUGGAGUGAAGAAGGGUUGGCAGAGAGCAUAUGCAGUGGUAUGUGACUGUAAACUCUUCCUGUAUGAGGUCCCUGAGGGGAAGUCCACUCAGCCUGGGGUGGUGGCCAGCCAAGUUCUCGACCUCAGAGACGAGGAGUUCUCUGUAAGCUCUGUCCUGGCAUCGGACGUGAUUCACGCUACCCGCAAAGACGUUCCGUGCAUAUUCAGGGUAACAUCGUCCACAUUGGGCUCUCCAGCACGGGCGGUGUCUCUGCUGGUCUUGGCUGAGAGCGAGUCUGAGAAAAGGAAGUGGGUGGGCAUCCUGGAGGGUUUGCAGAGUAUCUUGGCCAAAAACCGCCUGAAGAACCGAAUAGUGCACGUCCUGCACGAGGCUUAUGACAGCAACCUGCCUGCCAUUAAAACCACACUCUCCGCAGCCAUUAUCGAUCGAGAACGAAUAGCACUGGGCACAGAGGAGGGACUAUUUGUUGUGGAGAUUACUAGAGAUGUCAUUGUGCGUGCUGCCGACUGCAAAAAAGUGCACCAGAUCGAGAUGGUCCCUCAAGAGAAGAUGGUGGUGCUGCUGUGUGGCCGAAACCGACACGUGCACCUGCACCCGUGGGGGGCGCUGGACGGUGCAGAGCCGGCGUACGAUGUGAAACUGGCGGAGACAAAGGGCUGUCAGGCUCUUAGCGUGGGCUCGCUGCGACCAGGUGGCUCCGCCUACAUGAUGGCCGCUGUCAAGCGCCAGGUGCUUUGCUACGAGAUCACGCGAGCCAAGCCCUACGUGCGACGCCUGUGGGAGGUGCAGGCCCCCGGCGUGGUGCAGUGGCUGGGCAUGGUGCGUGGGCGCGUGUGUGUAGGCUACCCGUCAGGCUUUGCUCUGCUGGCACUGCAGUCUGAGGUGGCCCCUGUGAGCUUGGUGAGCCCCGCUGAUCCUUCCCUAGCCUUCCUCGCCCAACAACCGUUAGAUGCUCUUCACGCGAUGGAGGUGGGAGCCAAUGAGCUACUGCUGUGCUUCAGCCAGCUUGGCAUCUAUGUGGACGCCCAGGGACGCCGAUCCCGCACCCAGGAGCUCAUGUGGCCGGCUACGCCACUCGCAUGCAGCUCAAACUCCACUUACCUGACCGUCUACAGUGAUUAUGGUGUUGACGUAUUUGAUGUCCACACCACAGAAUGGGUCCAAACCAUUUCAUUAAGGAAGAUCAGACCCCUGAAUGUGGAGGGCAGUUUGAACUUAAUGGGCUCAGAGCAACCCCGCCUCAUCUACUUUAACAACAACGCUCCAGAAGGGUGCGAUCUGACUAUACCCGAGACCUCAGACAAUAUCAAGAAGCUGAUGGUGAGAACGCGCAGCAAGAGAAAGUUCCUCUUUAAAGUUCCUGAAGAAGAAAGGCUCCAGCAAAGAAGGGAAAUGCUGAGGGACCCAGAAAUGAGGUCCAAGCUGAUCUCCAACCCGACCAAUUUCAACCACGUAGCCCAUAUGGGUCCUGGGGAUGGGAUGCAAGUUCUCAUGGACCUGCCUCUGGUAAUGGCUGUUUACUCAAAGCUCAAACAGUCGAGCGAGACUCCCUCCCCCUCUUCCUCUCGACACCACGCCCUGAUCUCCCCUCCAACCAACUUUGAGCACGUCUAUCACAUGAGUCCUGCUUCUGCUGGGCUCUAUCUGCAGAAAGAGGCUUCCUCCCAGCAGAGCCUGCCUCAGCUCUCCUCCUCUUCCUCCUCACCUUCCACCUCCUCCCUCGGAAGGAGCGUGAUGCCGUCUUCUCAGGAUGACUUGACCAAGGACAAACCACGUCCUCUUUCUAGUAUUUCAAGGCAAACAAGGAGUAAGACCCACAUCACACGCACUGCCUCAGGAGGUGGCGAAUUCAUAGGAGCGGGGUCUUCUCGCAAUAUCUCAGAUCCUGAUCAGGACUUUGACAGAGAGCCUGACUCGGACUCCACCAAACACUCCACCCCAUCGAACAGCUCGAACCCGAGCAGCCCUCCAAGCCCCAACUCCCCUCACCGCAGUCAGCUCACUCUGGAUGGUUUGGAACACACCCUGGAUGGCUGAUAGCGAAGAAAGAAAAAAAAAAAAAAAACAGCUCACAUCUACAAAAAAACACUUCUUUACUUGAUCAUACUGUUCCUUCCAUUCCCUUCCAUUCAGUUAGGACUCACUACAAAGUGCCAAGACUCAAAGUGUCAUCUUCCGUUCUUUACCCGCCCUGAUAUGAUGGACAGCACAGCACUCUCUCUUUAUCCUCCUGGAUGCCAAACGAGCAAAAUUAUCCUCUGAGCGGAUAUGAGAAAAUGGGUUACCGUCGGAAAGUCACUGCAGCUCGAUGAAAAUCUGAGCUACUCCUGGGUCUGGUCAGCAGAAGUGUGUCAAAUCUGCCCCCUAUUGGACUGUUUGAGGCAGUAUAGCUAGCAGGGUGUAUAUUUUUUUGUUUGUUUUUUUUUUCUUUUUUUCAUUUUAAUUCUCAGCUUCGUGUCAUGCUCAUUUGAUGUUGUUUUUUGAUUUUUUUUUUUUUAAGAUAAAAACGAUUAUCCGACAGCUGUCACAUGAUUAAAAAAAUCACAGGAAAUACAAAAGAAUUACUAAUGUGACUGAUCAUGAAACAAAAUACUGACGUGAGGGAAAAGAGGCUGCUCUGGGUUUUUUUUUUUUUUUUUUAAAGCAUAUAUGUUUGUGUUCACUCAUCACUUAGGAACUCAUGACUCCGGAGACUUUUUCCCGACUAUUCCAGUCGGAUCAGUAAGAACAAAACAAAAGGAAGAAACAUUUUUUUUUUUUUUUUAAAUCACUGACACUUCUCUCUGUCUCUGAGAGUCAGAUCAGAUUAGUUAGCAGACUGUGGGGAUUUUAAGCCAAACCAGAUGGGCACUUUUAUUGUAAUGUUUUCUUUUUUGUCAUUUUUUUUUUUCUUUCGCCAAAAUCUACAUUUUUCAGCCAGCAUUUGGAAUAUUGAUGUUUUAACCUAGAUGUUUGACACGAAAAGAUUUAGCUGGUGGAAAAGAAACACUGCUCGUAAAAAAACGCUAAAAUGAAAACAGAAACAAGACUUUCCAUAUAGAAACGUGUAUUAAUGAAAGAAAUGGCACACGGCUAAAGGACCACACUAUUCAUAGGAUUUUAAUAGUUGUUCUGAAACUGCUGCUGCUGCUUUUGUGUGCUUUAUAAAAAGAAAUAAAUAUGUGAUAAGUUUCUCAUCCUAGCCAAUGCUCAGUCCCCAGUUUCUAAACGGUUGCAUCAUGGACCAUCUACAAAGCCUCUUAAAGGGAUUAUGUAAAAUUUGGAAUUGGACAAGGACUGUGACAUGAGCUACAGACAUGACUGGUGUGUUGUUUUUGUAAUUUUUUUUUGUUUGUUUUUUGUUUGUUUUUUUACCCCAAGUAGUGUGCCUUCAGUCUCACAACACCUUGUCCUUUAAAGCAUUUCAGUAUUUUUUUUUUUUUUUAAAUAGGUUAUUGUUUUACUUUACCCUUCGCAUUAAAAAGAAAACAACACUGUAUACAACUUGCACACAAACAUGUUUUAAAGUCCAAUAUGUUUUAAAGUCCCUCUUUACUUUCCACCUGACUUCUAAAAGCAGGAGUUUAUCCUUAAAACACUACUGCUUUUGCUUAAGAAGAAAAAAAGAAAUCGCAACGAAACCUUUGUAAUUAUUGAAUUGUUAGUCUCAUCAAUCUGAACAAACAAUAAACGAGUACCUGUGACACUUGUGUCCCCAAGCUGGUGUGUAAGAAGGGAGUGUCGCUGCAGUUCAUGCUCGAUUCCGAUCACUCCACAUCAGCGUUUCUGUACAGCGGUGCAUUUUUCUAUGUCUGGAGGUUGUGAAGAAUUUUGACUUCUAGUACGUUAUUGGAACUAUAUGAGCUCUUUGUAUAGAGACUGGUCAGGAAGGAAAUGUAAUUGUGCUCUGCAUUAAAGACACACUUAAAGCA